AGAGCUGCAUCCGGGUCGCUGCUUUCUCUUUUGUCUCAGGCAUUCGGCCUCAGACUGUAGAUUCGGAGUCUUUUGUUGUUUCUGGUGCAGGCUAAUAAAGUUUUUCUUUCCAUUUCUAUCGAUUUUAACGGAGGGAGGGGGAAAUCAGAUCCCUAGGGCCUCCGGGUUGGCGGCGCUGCCUGGGCCGGAGUGCGCCUCCGGCGGGGGAGCCGCGCGGCCGAGGGCUCUGGCCGCCCAGGCGAGGACGGGGAAGGGAAGGGGCGGGCGGACGGCCCGCGGGACUGCUCCUGGGGGGCGCCCCAGGUCCGGUAGGCGGCGCCGUUUUAAAAUAGCGUCUUUGGACUGGCUUCUGCGGUCCCAGUCCCCGACCUCGGCGCAGCUCGGGCUCUAGCAGCUUCUCCCUAGGUUUCUUCCAAACGACCAGUACACGGAUUCCUUAUGGAUCGCAGUUCCAAGAGGAGGCAGGUGAAGCCUUUGGCAGCUUCUCUGCUAGAAGCUCUCGAUUAUGAUAGUUCAGAUGACAGUGAUUUUAAAGUUGGCGAUGCCUCAGAUUCAGAAGGGAGUGGUAAUGGAAGUGAAGAUCCCUCAAAGGACAGCGGAGAAGGUUCCUGUAGUGAUUCUGAAGAAAAUAUAUUAGAGGAGGAACUGAAUGAAGAUAUUAAAGUAAAAGAAGAACAGCUUAAAAAUUCUGUGGAGGAAGAAAUAUUAUCAUCAGACAAACAGUUAAUUAAAAUGGAAAAGAAGGAGGAAGAGGAGAAUGGAGAAAGACCUAGAAAGAGGAAGGAGAAGGAGAAAGAAAAAGAGAAGGAGAAAGAAAAAAUAACAGUAUCUGAUAAUGUGGCUGCUUCUGCUGCUGCCAAUACACCAGCCACAAGUCCUCCUGCUGUUAGCACACCUCCUUCUGUCCCCACCACAGCCACUACUACAGAGGAACAAGUCAGUGAGCCAAAAAAGUGGAACCUCCGUCGAAACCGACCACUUUUGGAUUUUGUAUCCAUGGAAGAACUAAAUGACAUGGAUGACUAUGACAGUGAAGAUGAUAAUGAUUGGCGACCUACUGUAGUAAAAAGAAAGGGAAGGUCUGCAUCUCAGAAAGAUGGAAGUGAUGGAGACAAUGAGGAUGAUGAAGAUGAGGGAAGUGGGAGUGAUGAGGAUGAGAAUGAUGAAGGCAAUGAUGAAGAUCAUAGCAGCCCUGCCAGUGAAGGGGCUUGCAAGAAAAAGAAGAGUAAAGUUCUAAGCAGAAACAGUGCUGAUGAUGAGGAACUGACCAAUGAUAGCCUGACAUUAUCUCAAAGCAAGAGUAAUGAGGACUCGCUGAUUCUUGAGAAGAGUCAAAAUUGGAGCUCUCAAAAAAUGGACCAUAUUCUGAUUUGCUGUGUUUGUCUUGGAGAUAAUAGUGAGGAUGCUGAUGAAAUAAUUCAGUGUGACAAUUGUGGCAUUACAGUCCAUGAAGGUUGCUAUGGAGUUGAUGGAGAAAGUGACUCUAUUAUGAGUUCAGCUUCUGAAAACUCCACUGAACCUUGGUUUUGUGAUGCUUGUAAAUGUGGUGUUACCCCUAGCUGUGAACUGUGUCCCAAUCAGGAUGGAAUUUUUAAGGAGACAGAUGCUGGAAGAUGGGUUCACAUAGUUUGUGCUCUGUAUGUUCCUGGAGUUGCUUUUGGAGAUAUUGACAAAUUAAGGCCAGUAACUCUAACUGAAAUGAACUAUUCCAAAUAUGGUGCCAAGGAGUGUAGCUUUUGUGAAGACCCUCGUUUUGCUAGGACUGGAGUUUGCAUUAGCUGUGAUGCAGGGAUGUGCAGAGCCUAUUUUCAUGUGACCUGUGCCCAGAAGGAAGGUCUGCUUUCAGAGGCAGCAGCAGAGGAGGAUAUAGCAGAUCCAUUUUUCGCUUACUGUAAGCAACAUGCAGAUAGGUUAGACAGAAAGUGGAAGAGAAAGAACUACUUGGCGCUACAAUCCUAUUGUAAAAUGUCUUUGCAAGAGAGAGAGAAGCAACUAUCACCGGAAGCACAGGCAAGGAUCAAUGCUCGGCUUCAGCAAUAUCGUGCCAAAGCAGAACUAGCUCGAUCCACCAGACCCCAGGCCUGGGUUCCAAGGGAAAAAUUGCCCAGACCACUCACUAGUAGUGCUUCAGCUAUUCGCAAACUGAUGCGGAAGGCAGAAUUGAUGGGGAUCAGUACAGAUAUCUUUCCAGUGGACAAUUCAGAUACCAGUUCUAGUGUGGAUGGAAGGAGAAAACAUAAGCAGCCAGCUCUUACUGCUGAUUUUGUAAAUUACUAUUUUGAGAGAAAUAUGCGUAUGAUUCAAAUUCAAGAAAAUAUGGCUGAACAAAAGACUAUAAAGGAUAAAUUAGAGAACGAACAAGAAAAGCUUCAUGUGGAAUAUAAUAAACUAUGUGAAUCUUUAGAAGAGCUACAAAACCUGAAUGGAAAACUUCGAAGUGAAGGACAAGGAAUAUGGGCUUUAUUAGGCAGAAUAACAGGGCAGAAGUUGAAUAUACCGGCAAUUUUGCGAGCACCCAAAGAAAGAAAACCAAGUAAAAAAGAAGGAGGCACACAAAAAACAUCUAUUCUUCCUACAGUACUUUAUAGUUGUGGAAUUUGUAAGAAGAAUCAUGAUCAGCAUCUUCUUUUAUUGUGUGACACUUGUAAACUCCAUUAUCAUCUUGGCUGUCUGGACCCUCCUCUUACAAGGAUGCCAAGGAAGACCAAAAAUAGUUAUUGGCAGUGUUCAGAAUGUGACCAAGCAGGGAGUAGUGACAUGGAAACAGACAUGGCCAUGGAAACCUUACCAGAUGGGACCAAACGAUCAAGGAGGCAGAUUAAGGAACCAGUGAAAUUUGUUCCACAGGAUAUGCCCCCAGAACCCAAGAAGAUUCCUAUAAGAAAUACGAGAACCAGAGGACGAAAACGAAGCUUUAUUCCAGAGGAAGAAAAACAUGAGGAAAGAGUUCCCAGAGAGAGAAGACAAAGGCAGUCUGUAUUACAGAAGAAACCUAAAACUGAAGAUUUACGAACUGAGUGUGCAACUUGCAAGGGAACUGGUGACAAUGAAAACCUUGUCAGAUACCCUUCAUGAGACCCAACUCUGCCACAGCUCAUCCUCGGAGGCAAUCGUGGAAACCUCUUUAAUAAGUGAUUUAAAAAAAAGGAUAACUUUUUCAAUAGAAUUCAUAAAGUAAAGGAGAACAGCUAUCUUGUCCUUUUCAUAAGCUUACCACUGCAAAAAGUUUGGAUAGAAUGUAAUUAUUGCGGUUUGCUACUUGGACUGACAAGGCAGUUAAUUUGUUUGUGUGGACUUUUUCCUUCUUUCUUUUCUUUUUCUUUUAUCUUUUUUUUUUUUUUUUUGCACUAAUCAGAAACACUUGAUAUGUGCAAUGUUGAGAAAUACGAGAUACUGUCUUAUAAGAAUUGUCUUAGUAAGUAAUGUCUUUCUGCUUCUUUGGCAAGUAAUGAUAUACUAUGUUUAGACUUAUUGAAGAGUUAUAAUGGAAGCCUAUGGAAUUUAAUCGUGAUGUGCUACUUCCUUUUAUUAUUGAAUGAUGCCAGUAACAAACGAGGACAAUAUAUUCCAUUAAUUGACUAUUAUAUUUCAUCCAGCUUAAUACAUAUAUGUGAAGUGUUAAAUUAUACUGAUAGGCUCUUGUUUAUAAAAUUCAGCAAAAAUGAAAACUCAUGAAGUAUGAUAUUCUGAAUUUGAUUCAUUAGUGCCAAAGCACUAGUAUUAUUAGCAUGAUUUUUUUUUACAGUUUCAGAUUCUGAGCUCAUAAGUUAGAAUAUACUCAUGCUGAUCCUAGAUUUUUUUUUAGUACAGACCAGUUCUACUCAGUGCAUACUGUUGAACAUAAAAUUUGUAUUAAUUAUAGUUUUAUUUUCUUGAUCUUAAAUAUGAUGCUAUAAAAUAAGGAGGGAAAUACAAAGCUUAUUGUCCAUACUGCCUGUCAGCUAAAAGAUCUUCAGCAUCUGUAUCUUUCCAAAGGUAUAUAGAAUUGCAUUUUUAAUCUUCAUUCUUUAAUGAUGCAGAUUUAAAUUAACAGCACAAAUAUGUUGAAUAUACCAUGUCAUCAUCUUGAACUCAUUUAGAAGAGACUCUUUGCUGUAAUUGAAAUGUGCAUAUUGUAAAUUGUCUACAUGUCUCUUGGAAUUUUGUGAUUUAUAACUGUUUUUGGAUUUUUUUUUCAGGUUUACUGGCAAUUGUAAAUAGUUUAACCAUUAGGGACAGAGUGGACAAUGUUAGAAUUAAUAGCAAGUGUAAAUAUAAAUAUGCUAGUAAUCUAUACUUAUAGUAAGGAGUCAUUGUUGGCUAUAAGGUUAUUAAAAGUAAUGUGUAUAUGAAAUGUGUAUAAGCUGAAAUUAACUUACUAAAAGGUAACAUUAGAGAUAAAAUAUCAAUAAUCAGUAACUUAUAGCAAAACUAAGAGGCUUUUUUCCCCAAGAAUAAGAAAAUAAUUUUUAUUUCUCACUAUGUAAGUGUAACAGUGUUGAUAAUUGUUACUACUGCUGAAGUCCAUCUGAUCUUAUGAAAAAUAACUGAUCCCCAUUUUCAUAAUAGUAUAUGCUAAUGUACUAGGUACUGACUCUCCUUUACUACUUGGUAAAAAAUUACUAGAGUCAUUUUAUUUUAGAUUUCUUGAGAAAUCUUUAAGCCUUGUAUUCUUGAUGCACUAUUAAUCCAAAUCCUUUCUAACUUGAUGCCAAUUAAAAUAGUACAUUGUUAUAAUCUUUCUUAUAAUCUUCAGUGGUAGGUAUAUUAUUCUAUACUUAAUGCUGUUCCUAGGCAUUUUGUCACACAUCAUAAAACAGAUUAUAUAAUUCAUAAGCUUACUUGGUCCUGUAAAUGGUAUUUGGAGUAGGAGAAUUUUUAGAAGGAGCAGAAUAAAACAUUUUUUCUCCUAAUAAUCUCCUAAAUGUUUUCAUAUCUCCACAGUGCAAAUUAACUUUUCUCUAUAAUUGGGCUAAUUGCUAUGUAUAUAUGUUACUGUAAUGUGCACUUCAGAAAAAAUUCACAAAAUAGUUCAUAUUUCACAGAUGUAUAAGAGCAAUAGUAAUGGGGCUAAAUGACAGCUAUUUAUUACACAGUAGAGAAAGAAAAAAUCAAUAAAAUAUCAAGAAGGAAAUCGAUCGCUCUGGAACACAAAAAAAUUAAUAUGUAAGCAUAUUAUAAUAGUAUUCAGAUUUUCUUACUUGUAAACAGAAAAGAUUGGUUAAAACACCAGCUGCUGCCUGUUUCCCUUCCUGUCUUCCACCCCACCUUGCUUUCUCCUGCUGCUUCUGAUUUAGUUGGACUGGGUUAUGGCUUGAAUUUUUUUAUUUCUAGCAAUUAUCAUAUAUGCUGUAUAGUUAUAUAUAUACUAUUGCUGAUACUGUUGGCUAGGACACUUAUUUGAGGCCUGUUCAUAUAUAAUAUGAGGGAGGUGUGUGUGUGUGUAUGUGUGUGUGUAUGUGUGUGUGUUGUACACAAUAUUAAUUGACUGAAUAUAGCUUUAAUCUCCUGUAAAAGGCCCUUCACUUUCAAGAAUAUUUGUGUCUGGAUAUUCAUUUAUACUAAUUUCACCUACAACACAUGCAGUAUAAUUUCUUUAUUUUUUACAAAUUCAGUUAAGCACUACUUUAGAUAUAAAAAUGAACCAAGGAACCGGUUCUUACUUUUGUCUAUAAUUCAAAAAUUAUUUUGUUGAAAAAUAUAUACAGCUAGGGUUAUAGUUGAACAUGAAAUACAAAAGUAAUUAAUUUAGUAAUUAUUAAGUGUUAAUUUUUUCAUUAUUUAUGGAACCAGACCAUUAUUCAUGCAUACAUUUAUAGUUUCACUGCUGCUGGGCUUUUUUUCUUUAAUAAUUUUAUUUAUUUAUUUUUCAUUCUGAUAGAGAGGGAGAGGUGCCCACAGAAACAGUUCUUUUGGUGCUGUAGUGCCUCCUAAGUGUUGUUUCAAACCUGGACUGCAUGCAUAGCAAGGCAAGAGCCCAUCCUGGUGAACUAUUUCUACAGCUUUAUAGAUCUUAAAUUUAGAAAUGAUAAUAUUGUUCAUAUGUUUCUUCACUACUUAGCUGCCUUUACAUUUAUGCUGUCAAAGUAGAUUGGUGGUCAAUAAAGGUAAUAUAUUCA